AUGCACUCUACAACUCAGCAACUCCAGCCAACGCGAGUGGUGGUGUUCGACGAAGAAGGCAGUCCAGUUCGCCAUCCAGAAAGCCCUACCAAGGGCAUAGGGAGUUCCAAGCGGACUGCGCUCGGAGAGUUGACUCCGGGGACGAUCGCACAGCGAACUCGGAGUGCAGCGAAUCAACCGGUUACUCGGCUGCCAAGAGACAACAGUCAACAACCAAGACCAAGAUUAUCGCCCGAUAAGGUCGGUCGCCAUUUUACAAUCAAGGUAGUUGGUGGCGAGGAAUGGGCCGCUCGCGAUGUACGUUUUAUACUUUGGUAUUAUUGUCGGACCGCGCUCAAGUUCGAUUCGAUUGCAACCGCCUUGAACUCAACCUAUCCAGAAGCGGACAACCAGAUGACUGCUGAAGAAGCAGAAGCAAUUGUCGAAACCAUCAAAUCAGAUUGGCCCCGAAUCAAGCAAAACUUAACACCCGGUCAUUUCGCCAUCCCUGAGGACUGGGGAUGGCAUCCGUGCGACCAUCUCAUGAUUUGCACGUCUCAGCAGACACAGGACCGACAGUCAGUCAUGCGCAGUCCAAGGACUAGGGUGGCUGGAGUCAAAUUGAUCAAGGAGAUUUUGACGACGCUGUGGCCAGGCUCCUGGGAAGAACUUCUCCAAUGUCCAAGAACCCACCACAAUAUCCGGGAAGCUGAAUUGGAGUUACUUUCUCAACCACGUCAUAUAGACAACAGGGGUUUCCUGGUCCCAUCAAUGGUUCAAGAAAGCCGACGGUUGGAUCUAAUUUUGGACGAAACAUCUCUGGGGGACGACACGGACCAGAGCGUGUUGGACCAUGAGCACGACGCUGAAAGCCACCUAUUUCAUUGGGUAGUGAGGGUUGUAGGAGGCCCAAAGGUGCUCUACACAUCCAUCGAGGUCUUCCUCAUGACCACAUUUUGGUUCUCUCUAAUAGCACAUUGGUGUUAUCCUUUGCGCCCUGAGAAGACUUAUCAGGAUCUGAUCCGGAUUUCGGCCCUUAAUUUGGAGUCAAUCGUGUUCAUGCUGUAUGGUGCUAUGAAUCUCGUCAGUGGCAUUUUGAAAUUCUUGAAGAUUGAAGUGCUGGUCUUCCAUGGAGUUGACGAGUCACCUCCACUGCCUGUGACUCAAAAAUUUCGCGCGGUCACCAUUGGUGUUGCUGCAGCCUUUGUUCUUGCUUUAUGGCAAGGCUGGUUGUCAGAAAUCCACGGAGAGGCAUUGCAGGCUUGGUACAAAGACUCGAAAACCGCCACAUGGCUGCGAAAGAUACCCCAAGGAUGA